UAGUAGUCUCGAGGGUCGUCGUCGUCGCCGCGCUCCGCUGUAUAAACCGAGAGACGGAGGAACGAGGAGUGUUGGUCGCUCUCUCGCUCUCUCUACGCAUACCUCUGUGUUGUCGGCGGCGGUCAAUUUGCGUGGCGCGAGGAAAAUCUCAAUUCCGUACGUUCAAUCUCGGUGCUCUCGAGUCUCGCCUAUACGUAUAGGGAGGAAGCAGUAUCGUCCGUUACCGUUCUACACUCUCGACGUCGUGUGAAAAAUAAAUUGAUAGAAAUAAAUACGAGCAGUGAUUUCUCCAUCGUCCACCCGCUGAGAGAGAGGUACAAACGCCAAGAUGUUCAAGAUGGGCCUGCUGAAGAGCUGCUCGUUUCUCAAUCUGCGCCAGGGCACGAUCCUCAUCGCCAUCCUGCAGCUGGUGCUGAGCACCGUCAUGCUGAACAUGCUGAUACUCGGGCAGAUGCACGAGGCCUGCAUACAGGACCUGAUCGCGCGCGACACCGAGGACGUGCUGGAGCGCGAGGCCCUCGAGGAGAUCACCUCCAAGCACAUCAACAGCCAGAGAAUGGAGCAGGCUCAUCACAACGCCAAUGUUAAAAUGUACAUGAUCUAUCUGGGCUUCGCCGUACUCGUGGUGCACAUGCUGGCGACGAUACUGCUGCUCUACGCCGCCGUUAUGAACCUCCGGUCGCUCAUGACCCCGUGGAUGAUGGUCAUGAUGACGAUGGCCGUCGCCCUGUUCAUCUGCUUGUUCCUGCCCGAGAACGACCCGAUCCUCGAGUACGCCGGCCUCAACGAGUCCAACUACAUCGAUCGCUUCCUGCUGGCCGUCAUGGCCUUCGUCUGCUUCUUCACGUGGUUCGUCGUCUACAGCUGGUAUCGCGAUCUCGACGACAAGAAGGACAUCGUCAUCCACGAGGUGCAUGCCACCGUCACUGCGUCGUCGUCCUCGUCGACGGGAGCAAUCAAGAAGAUGCCCAAGGCCUACUUCGAACUGCUGAUGAAGCAGCGCAGACGACAGAUGAUACAGCAACGUUACCAUCAACAGCAGCAGCAUCAGCCACUCAACCAGCAGCAGGGCGCAGGAGUUCGAGACGCGCUGCAGCCGCCCCAGGACGUAUGAGCCCCGAUGAUGACGACCAAGACCGCUGCCAGCAACAACGAUCCGCCCUAUACGGGCAGAGAGACGGCCGUCUAAAGGGAGUCAAAAAUCAGUGUAUGAAUAAAAAAAUGAUAAUAUUAAUAAUAAAUGUACUGCUGCGUGUGGAAAAAAAUUGCAUACGCGCGUGUCCCCCGGAGAGAGACGAGGAGGAGGCGGCUAUUAUACGCACGCGGCGCGUCAUAUUUUUGGUACGUGUUUCCCAUAUACCCGUGUUGUUGUCGCGUAAUAUGAUAUAUUUGUAUUUAUUAUGCGCAGCUCUCCAUAUCAAAAAAAAAAGAAAGAAAAUAUUGUUAUAUAUCGGAUCGAACGUAAAAAGCUUUUUGCCAUCAGUAUUAUAUUGAGAAAUGGUCUUUUAGUCCUUACAUUCAUCGCCGAUAUGAGAAUUACGGUUUUUGAAGGAUUUCCCCGGGCUUUUAUGAGUUGUUUAUGAGAAAACCAUACAAAUGAAAACUUUCAAAAUUGAAAACUCGAUGAUAAUUAAAUUUGUCGAAGUUUCGCCGAUGUGGAAGCAGACAAAUAUAUGUUUAUUGUGAAAACCAUAUAAAGUAAAACUUUGAAAAUUUUAAAUUAAAUUAAAAAUUAAACUCAUCAAAGUUUAUCCCGUGUGGAAGCGAGCUUCUUUGAGACGACGCUAAUGAAUUACCUGAUAAGUUUACUUUUUAAUUUAAUUUUCUAUUUUCAGAAUUUUACUUUUUAUGAUUUCGCCGGUAAGGAUUUCAGUCUCUUCGAGAAAACAAUCCAAUGAAUCAGUCGGCAAUUUUCACUUUAAAUUAGGUUUUCAAUUUUAAAAGUUUUAAUUUAUAUGGUUUCCUUACUAACUUAUAAAACAAGGAAUGUCCUACAAAGUCAGUAUUAUUAUUGUUAGUAGAAUAAUAACCCUAAAUACGCCCUAUAUGAUACAUCAAACGAGAGUCUUUUUGACCCAAGAUCUUCAAAAAGUUAAAAAUCAUGUGCAAUUAACAAUUACUGUCUCAUGAUAAUAUAUAUUCGCUGUCGGAUCGGUAUAAUAGAUAAUUUCCAAAAUUAAUUGGAAAUACAAAUGUUCAGUGGAUUAAACGUGUCCUCCUGUAACUGUUCGACCGCUUUUUUAAUUGCGAAAAAAAACGUAUUUUACCGAUUGACGUUUGGAGAAUAUAAUCGUUUCAGAUUUCAUUCCUGAUCGGACUGAGAGUACAAAACAAAAUUUCGGUUUGACAAUUUUGAUGCCGCUGAUUUUCAACGAAAAUAAAAAUGAAAAAAAAAUAAAAGGAUUUUUGACGCCUGAUUGUGAUAUCUAUAAAUAUUAUGUAUAACUAUAGUAAUAAUACGAUUAAAAAAAAACUAUCAUACACGAACACAUCAUGUACAGCACUGCGUAAUGGUAAAAAUUGCUUGUAAACGUGCAUAGAGAAUCUCACUAAAAUUACACAGACACGCAAUUACACAUAGUUUAUCAACGUUCCGUUCCAUUGUGAAAACGUACAAAAUGUAUGUAUCGAUGAUUAAUAAUUGUCUUUUUUAAAAACGCACAGUGUGCAUUUGAUUGCGUUGAUUAGUGCGUAAAAGCAUAUAAGUUUUACGACAAAUUUUUCGAUGUUUUAUUGUAAUAGAUAAAAUAUUUAGAUGUUGAAUUGUAUUACGGUAGAUUUUACAUAAGCAGCGGAGUUACGCCAUUAUAAAGUAUUUGUGAAUAACCGAUUUUAUCGAUUUUCAAACAAUCAAAAUAUUAUCGUACAAUAUGAAUAUUUGUGUAUCUUUAUAGUAUAUAUGUAGAAUAACGUAUAAGUUGUUUCAGUUGUUUAUGGUUUUAGAAAUAUGUAUUACGUACAUUUUAUUUACUGUUAAGUUUUGCAUUUUUAUAAAAAAAAUUUUAAUGAUUACCAUUAUAUAAAAGGUACACAA